GGGUUGCGAUAGCGAAACUCGGCCCAUCGCCGCUCCGACGGGCCCCCAUGAUUUAUUCAGCAGUGGAUCGGGGCACGCAAUCGGGCUGUCAGGAGAGCGUCAGCUUAUUAGGCAAGUUCUGCGUGAUUCCAGGAGAGGGUCUAAGCUAUAAAAAUCCCGCGCCCCGGCUCUGAUUAGGACCAAAUCUGAUCCCAAGUUCUCCAGGAGCCGGCUCCGAGGGAAAGCGAGAGAAAGGGACGCCGCGCACCGCCGGCACCUCCGAAACCCGUCGCCGCCAGCCCUGCCCUGCCGCCGCCCCAGGUUUGGGCCCCGACCAUGAAGAUCCCGCUACUGGUCUCCACGGGAAUCCUGCUGGUCACCCUCCUGCCCUGCCAGGAGUGCAGAGCUCUCAGCAAGAGCCCGGUAGCCGCCCACGGGGCUCUGCACCAGCCAGAUUUCUUACAGCAGCAGCAGCAGCAAACUCUGCCCGUCCUGCUCCGCAUGGGAGAAGAGUAUUUCCUGCGCCUGGGCAACCUCAACAAAAGACCCGUUGGCUCUUUCUCCACCUCUUCCAGCAGCAGCAACCACCAAGAGCCCGAAGCCUCCGCCAGCAACUUUUUUCAGGCUGCGGUGCAACAGCUGCAGCCGCUGUCCGAGCGCUCGCUGGGGAGCCCCGAGGAGGGCGAAGCCGAGGGGGAGGCCGUGGAGAGGGAGAAGCGAUCCGAGGAACCCCCUAUUUCUCUGGAUCUGACUUUCCACCUCCUGCGAGAAGUCUUGGAGAUGGCCCGAGCCGAGCAGCUAGCGCAGCAAGCUCACAGCAACAGGAAACUGAUGGAGAUAAUCGGGAAAUGAAACGGCCCCUCCCCGCCUUGCCAAAGAGAUUCCGCAGUUAGCACAAGAAUAAUUACACCGUCCGAUGUACCAUAGUGCUGCUCUGAUUGUCAUCUCUUUAUUUUUAUAUAGCUUUAAACCUAGAAAGGUGUACUCCGAACAGCCUCUGUCCCUUGACUAGCAUGCACAACCGUGUACCAAGUGCAGAAAUACGAGUGUCGUUCGUAACCUCCCCUACCUUUAUUUAUUUCUCCGUUUCCCAGUUAUUCUAGUGCCAUCGCUACAUAGGGAUGUGUGAGCAUUGGAAGAAAUGGUUCCGAGAAGAGAGAGAACUUUUCUGCUGGGGGCAGGGAGGUGGGAGGGGGAAUCUCUGUAAGCUACUUUAAAUCCACUUUUUUUUUUUUCCUUUUUACUUUUUUUUUUUCCUUCCCUGUAAACAUUUUCACAAUAAAACAUCUUUUCAGCGCUCGGUCGAUUUUGUUGUGUAAGAGAAUGUUUAAUAUUUAUAUUUUUAAUAAAAGCUGCAAAGUAACGAUGCCUGGAUACACUUUCUUGCUCAGACGCCUGAGGUCUUCUCAGCCUCCCUCAGCGCUUACUGGGACCGGAGGGGGCACCCACCCACUGCCGCGGACACUCAGAGCCGCAAGGAGCCCUAAAUCACCCCCGCGGAUGUUUCUUUCCUUUCCACGCCCCGGGGAGUCCCCGUCCCUGCCGGCGCUCCCAGAGGCGCUCCCCGACGUGCCACCCGGCAGGUGCUGCGCAAAGGCUGCUCCCGGAGCCGGGGGACGAUCGCUUCGUCCCUAGUCCUGCCGACUCGCACCUCGGCUCCCCCCCUACUCCACUACGGUACUCCCCGGGAAACCGGUGGGGCACUCCGGCAUCUCCCGUUUUCUUUCCAGCUCUGCUCAUCUUCCCCGCACCCUUAAAGGGCGGGUUCCUCCCCGCCUCGACUCCCCCCGUCCCGAGGGCCGUGUCGAAGCCGCGUCCCGGCGAGGGGCGCUGGGAAAGUGGCAGCACGACUGGAGAAACUUCCUCGGAGGAACUGAGGUAAAUCUAUUGGGACAACAGCAAGAAAAUAGGCGAUUUCUCAUCAUAAACCACAUCCCAGGGAAAAGGCUGCUCUAGCAGCUACAGUCGAUGCGGUGGUGGUGGGGAGUGGGGCUCAGUCUGGGCUAUGCCAAGCUGAAAGCUUUGUACAGACCUCACCUAUGCAGCCUCCCAAAACCUUCCUAUCAGGAGAGUUUUCCAGGAGAAACAGACACGAAUAAGGGUCAAUGAGACUCAUCCCUGCAGCAAGGGAUGUCCAGGGCUGACCCCUCACAGCUGCUAACCAGGAUAUGCUGUAUGAUUGCACUGCCAGCUCACCAGUCCUGCUGGGAUGCAGCACAGCCCUCUGCUCCAGCACAGUCCCCUGCCCGGGCACAGUCUCCUGCCCAAAGAGUGUGUUUAAGGCCUGGCUCAGGGCUCCUGGAAAGAUCAACCUGUAACUGAAGUGUGGAGUUUGAUACCUGCUCCCAUAGCACCAAGCACUCCCAGCAACCUGUUAACCUCUCCUAAACACUUACUGGGUGCUGGCUCCCUGUCCCCUGUGACAAAACUUGUGUAUCACUUUCAGUACAACCUGUAUAACUUCUAUUAAGAGGCAAAUUUGCUUUCAUUUGAUAGCUCAGCAUCUGCCAUGCAUGCAGAACAGGGCAUUUGACUUUUCUACAGCACACCAGGGGGCCUUCAAAUUAAACCUUGUAUGAAUACCUGAGACCACUUCACUAUAUUCUGGUUUCACGCAAGAACAUGCCCCUUUUUCUACACACAUGGGUGAAGAAGAAGACUUAGAUACAGAUAAUGUCUGGACAGACUUGGGCAGCACCCUGGUCACUGCCCCACAGGCUCACAGCUGUAUCCUGCAUCUAUGCUCAGGGGCUGACCAGUGUUAUCUGUGUCUGUAUCUCCCUCAUCCCUGUUGCUGGGCACCUUCCCGACAAAUAAGCUGUUUCUAUCAUCUGUCAUGGCUUAACCAGAAGAGCAAGUGCAAAGGAAGAAAUGGCAGCUUCCCUCUCCCCUCCUGUAUUCAGCCUCUGCAGCUGGGGAUGCACUGGUGCCCUGGGAUCACAAGUGACUGCAGGGAGGUGCUUAGACACAACCCUGACCUGAGGCUGCCAAGGGCACGAUAGUGUCACUGAAGUCACCAGUACGGAUGAGUGGGGAUGCAGGAGGGUACUGAGGAGAAACGCUGUGUUGUCAGAGGAUGCAACUGGUGAAUAACAUUCCAGCAUUUUAGCUAACAAUAUUGGUGAAGGAAUUUCUACCUACACAAAGAUGUGCUAAAAAAUGAAUAACAAAACACUAGCAGUGCUCAGGCUACAGCUGUAGUGAUGCUAUUUUUCCCUUGGAAACAAGAAACUACUGGAAAACACUCUGAGUACAAUACAGCAUAGCAAUUUGUCCCCAUGCUCCCAUCCCUCUCAGGACUGUCAUUUCAAGAACUGGGUACGGAGGUCAAACGAAUUCCUGG